CACCCUGAAGGGGUGCUGGAUGCUCACUCCCUCCGGCGGAGCUCUGGCGGCUCACGGCCUACCGCGGCACCUAAAGCCGCAGUCUUUCCUGCCGACCGCAGCCGCGACGUACUGAGUCGCCUUUGAAACGCCGCCGCCCCAGCAAUAGGGACGAGGGGAUGCUACCAUCACCUCCACCCCCGUCGGUACCUACAACCGCCGCAGUGGCCCGUGACGCCGCCGCUCCGAAGGUCCUGCCGUCACCCAGGAGGGGUACUGGGCCCACACGGCCUGCGAAGCCGCGGUCCUCCCUGCCAACCCAAGACACCACCGUCCUGUGCCAGAAAGAGGGGAACCUCUCACCACCCCUACCGGGUCCUACAGCCGCCACCACCACCGCUGAGAGAGCCCCUGCCUCCUACUCC